UUCUCCUUUCUCCCGCAUUAUUUUUUAUUUUUUUUUAUUUUUUCCUUUCUUAAAGAACAUGUCCCAUUCUCCCAAAAGACAAUUUAUUGGUGCCGUUGAUCAAGGCACUACUUCUUCAAGAUUCUUAAUCUUUGAUCAAGACGGCAAAUUAAUCACUUUUUACCAAGUAGAGUUACCACAAUCACAACCACAACAAGGAUGGCUUGAACAUGAUCCUCUUGAUAUUCUCGAUACAGUCAAUGAAUGUAUUGAUAAGACUAUCAAACGAUUUGAGCUGAUGGGAUACCAAGUACAAGAUAUCAAAGGUAUUGGUGUGACCAAUCAGCGUGAAUCUGCUGUCGCCUGGAGCAAAAAAACAGGUGAACCGCUUCGAAACACGAUUGUAUGGAGUGAUGUUCGCACAGACGAGAUUGUGCAUCAGAUGAAACAAAAGGAGAACGCAAGUAUUGUUCAGCAAAAGACAGGGUUAGAUAUCACCUCUUAUUUCACAGCAGUCAAGUUUCGUUGGAUGUUGGAGCAUGAUGAACAGGUCAAGAAGGCCUUGGAAGAAGAUGAUGUUUGCUUUGGUACAGUGGACAGUUGGCUGAUCUACAAGCUAAGUGGUGGCAAGGCACAUGUGACUGAUGUGACGAAUGCCAGUCGAACUCUAUUGAUGAACCUUGAUACAUUGAAGUGGGAUCCAGACUUGUUGGAUUUCUUUGGCGUGCCUGAGAAAGUACUACCCAAACUCUGUUCUUCUUCACAAAUCUAUGGUCAUGUCGGCUUAAAGGAUUGUCCCUUAGAGGGUGUGCCUAUCGCUGGUUGUUUAGGUGAUCAACAAGCUGCUCUAUUGGGUCAGAAAUGCUUUGAUAAAGGUGAAGCCAAAUGUACUUUUGGUACAGGUGCCUUUAUGUUAUUUAAUACAGGUCAAGAGCCAGUGGUUUCUUCCCAUGGUCUGAUUACGACUGUCGCUUUCCAGUUAGGUGAAAAGUCAAAAGCUACCUAUGCUUUAGAAGGAUCGAUGGCUGUUGCUGGUUCUUCACUUCGAUGGCUCAGAGACAAUUUACGCUUAAUUGAUUCAAUGGAAGAAGUGAGUGAAUUAGCGGAACAUGUCCCUAACACAGGUGGUGUUGUGUUUGUCACUGCUUUUGGUGGUCUUUAUGCUCCUUAUUGGCGUGACGAUGCGCGAGGCACCAUGGUUGGUCUCACAAGUUAUACCUCUAAAUACCACUUGGCCCGUGCUACACUGGAAUCCAUGUCGUUUCAAGCACGCGCCAUUCUUGAAUCCAUGAACCAAGAUGCUGGUGUUCCACUCAAGACCCUGAAGGUAGAUGGCGGUGUCUCCAAUUCCAAUAUUGCUAUGCAAAUCCAAGCCGAUCUUUUAGGGAUCAAUGUCGAUCGUCCCUCUAUGCGUGAAACAACAGCUUUUGGUACAGCCAUUGCUGCUGGUUUGGCAGUAGGCUUAUGGAAGGAUGUACAUGAUUUAGAUAAGGUCAAUAGUGAAGAUAUCACUACCUUUGUUCCUAAUCUAACAGAAGCCGAAAGAGAAGAAAAAUAUGAAAUUUGGAAAAAAGCAGUAGAAGCUUCACUUCAUUGGACAGACGAUGUAGAAGACUUAACUGAUGAAGAAUGAUCAUCCUAUAUAGACAGACAUAGAUAAUUUAUUACAUUCUUUAAUGACUCUUGUUUUUUCAAUAAUACAUUUUCCUUCCUUGUAUUUUUGAUUUUU